GUUUGCAGGUGUAAACUACAAAAAGCUGACUGAUGAGUCGUCUGAUCCACUGGCCACAUUACAGCCGGUCCUGACCAGUCAGAAUGUUCUGUCCAUCUCUAAACUCGCCAAUCGGCUGCCUCUGCCCGGAGGUGGCAAUGCGACGGUCUCCGCCAGCGCAGUUCACGCAGUGUGGCUGCAGAAAUUGUUUUGGAAAGGAGAUCCACAGCUGAUGAAACGACCCCCACACAGUGAUCAGGAUUACCUGCAUGCUUACGACACCUGUGCCAAGUACCUGGACAGACUAGUCCCCGCAGAUGCCAUCCGCUUCCUGGACAGCAUCACUUUCUCUCCUGACGCAGCCAAAAACCUGAGCGUCCAAGCAAGGUCGGAGGUGAUAAAGCGAGCCUCCAGAGCCCUGCGCCAGCUGGCCGAAAAGAACAGGAAGAAAGGAAUUGAUAAUAGUGGAGAGCAUGAAGGUACGGACCCAACAGGAAUGACUUCUGACGAGGCUCUAGCACACCUGCAGCAAUCCGAGGCCCACCUGGACACUCUGAGUCAUGCCUUCGUCCUGUCACUCAAAGACAGCCAGCAGGAACAGCGACAGCGCUACAGUCAACUUUAUGAUUUGUCGCGGUCUGAAAGGUCAAAAAUUUGCGAGUUGGCAGUCAAAAUGGCAACUGACGGACAUCCUCUGGAGCAGAUUAAAGAGCUUCUGUCUGUAGCUGUUGGACCGCUCGACCUGUCUGUCAAAACUGUGCUUCAGGAGGCUGUGCAGAGGGUCGUGGCAGCACUUGGUGGAGACCAAACUGCCCUGACAAAUUACCCUCAACCCCUCGGGGUCCUGGAGGGGUUGGUGGCGUCUGUGCACAACAAUGUGCAGAGCGGUGACAGCACUGUGACUUCAGAUGACCUGCUGGCUUGGCUGCGUCCGUUCUGCGGUGACGCAUCCCUCCCGGUGAGGCCUCGCAUCGACGUGCUGCAGAUCCUGGAAAGUAACUUCAGUCUGAUAGACCACGACGUCCGUCUUCUGCUGCUCUACAGGACUCAGGCUGUGCUCAAAGACAGAGAGGUCCAGGUAGAGGAUGUGGAGGAUGAAGACAAACGGUAUGCCCUUUUCCAGGAGAUGUUGGAUGGAGCGCAGAAGUGGGAGGACUUUCAGUUGCUCAUGCUUCUCUUGCAAGCAUGGCCACCCAUGAUGAAAGAUGAAGUGGCCCAGUCAGAGCGUAACCCCUGGGUGAUGCUGACCUCAGCUCUGCUGACCCGCUGCCAGGCCUCAGAGGGCACAUUAGACUUGGGUCAGGAGUUGGUCUCCAUGGUGAGGUCUCUUUACAAGACCAAACACAAGCUCCCUGUGCAGUGCAUCCGACAAAUAGCACACCUGCUGCUCCAAAGCCAGCCGAUCCUCCAGCAGCCCGCACUGAAGCUAAUGGCCGAGAGCGGCGACGAGCAGCUGCUGCAGCUGACUCUGGAUCAGAUCAACGGCAUGAGCGCAGUAAGUGUCGCUGUAAAAAUAAAUAAAUAAAUCUGCAGUGUCUCG